AUGUCUUCCCCACAGCUUCCAGCAUUCUUUUGGGACAAGGGGACACUCACCACUGCCAUAUCUGAUCCUGCUUACCUAGUAAAAGUUCUCUUCUUCUUUGCACUCCUGGUAACUCUGGUCACUCUACUCAUCUUGGUCUGGAAAGUAACCAAAGACAAAGGCACCAAGAACAGAGAACUGGAUGAAAGAAAGGAGGCAACACCACAGGCAUGA